UUCUAUUUCAACAGAGGGAGUAGCUAUGUACAGUUGCACUUCAAGUUUUCAGGGCCAAAAUAAUACCCCAAGUAUUAUAUGGUGUCCCUGGAGAAUAUCCAGUUAAGCACUUAGUGCAAAUUAAAGCCAAGUAUACCAAGUCUACCAUUUCAGGUGUCUAGAAUCAAAAUGCAUCUCUCCUGAGAAAAAUAUCAAAAAGGAAUAAGUAUUUGCAAAAGUGUCCUUGCCUUUAUAAACCACUAGAGAGACUCAUUACCUGACCCAAAGGAAGCCACAGCCUUGAAUUUACAAGAGCUGAGCAGUGCUUUUGGAAAGCUUUCAUUCAUAGAAUGGCCACACGUCCAAAACAGACUGACCUCAUGUAACAGCAGCAGUCAGCCCAAUUGUUACGAUAUGACAGAAACCAUUCAAAAGAGGUGGAUAAGUUAUAGUCAGAAAUUGUCAUAAUUGUUUAAGUAGUAACUAAAGUUUAACGUGUUUGGAGGUUAGGAAGACAAAAGCAUGUUUUUCCUUUUUAACUGCCUUCAAGCCAAGGGUUCCCACACCUGCUUUGGUUUUGGAUGGAUGUUGCAAUCUAGUGUUACUGAUACUUUUCAAGUCUGCUUCCAUGACAAAGCAUGGCAAGGAGCUGUGGUGCUAACUACAGCAUUGUGUGGGUCUUACAUGGCAGAAGUGACAAGUGAAUAGUAAUGUAACCCAAGCAUUACCACCAAACUGAUUCCAACCCUAAUCAAAUCUCUUAAGAUGCACCCUAGAUUCACUAAUUAUUACAAUGCAGCAGAAUAUGUAUGGUCACACGUUUUUCUUGAAAAGGGAGAAUAAUAUAAUCACUGCUUACCACUGAUACGUAAAUGCCUGUUGAAGACGGUAGUAAUGUUACUUUUCACUUUUAUUUGGCUGCUGGCUUUCAAGUUACAGACAACCCAGGUUAAGAAGUUUGCAGUUGAACUUUAGAUACAAUUGUGAGUUGGUUGAAGAUUAAGCAUCUUUUCAAGUUGUAGGCCCCCUCAGCAAAAGGGAUGUGAGAUUAGCAUCUGUUGCUUGUUACAUCCAUGUCUUUUGGAAUCCAAUAUGCUUCACAUGUAUAUUUGUAACUGAAGCAAUUAGCCAGUACAAAUCUCCAGUUCAGUCCUAUUAGAAGAAAAGAUAACCUCAGGUAUUGUAGUUGGAAGUUCUGGCUUUUGUAGAAGUGAGCCACUAACAAUAGAGUAUAGAUCUUAGGUUUGUUGCAGCUUUCCAUAAAAAGUUUUGCCAAAAUAUAUAUGGAAGUAGGCCAUACUUUGUAUGUACAAGGGGCAUGUAUCCUUGCUUGUUUCUGAGGUUGGAUUUUACAAAUCCGCUUAAACAGAUUCAUGCACAUGCUGGCUGCUUCAUUUACCAUUGUGUGUGCGAAGAGGGCAGCUGCGUGUCUGCUUCUUUACCACACUAACAGGAUUCCUGUCCAGUGAGUUCUGCCCAGCUUUAAGAGGGAAGCAUCAGAAUAAGUCAUAUAACACUUGUUAAAGAAAGAAAAUAACAAGACCAUCCUUUUUGUGAUUAUAUGCACCUCUCUAGCACGGGGGUCAUAAUACUAGUUCUGAUAAGGUCAAACUAAUAAACAGAAAAUCAAAGACUGAGGAAACAGGCAUUUGCUAAAUAAGGAGAGGAUGCUGCUGCUAUGAAAAUGGUGGGACAGGGAACUGGAAUGCUAACAGGUUUGUUCUGAGGAUAAAGUAGGAGGAGGAGGAGGUCUCUAAGAUGUCUUAGGGUUCUCAGAAGAAAGAAAGUAAAUGUAACAAUAAUAGUAAUAAUACAUAACCUAGGUGUUGCAGGUGCUGGUGACAACCAUGGGAGAAGAAAUUGUUUAGCAAUAUGAUGUAAAUAUGAUGCUUCAAUAGAUUUCCAUUUUGUAAUUCAUUUGGAAAAAAAACAAUGUAGUUUUCCUGUUAGGUGCAACUACUGUGACACAAUUCUGAAGCAACUGACAAGGUACAGGAAGAGACUUAAGAAGAAAUGUACUAAAAAAGCCCCUGAAAUCACGUGUCUGAGGGUGACUAACCAUAUCUCAGUUCCUCUUAACUGAAAGAGAAGCAAUGUAGUUCUGCAUCUUACUAUUUGAUUGCUGUGAAAAUGGUUUCAAGGCACUUAAACAUGUUCCUGCUUGUUAUGCUUUUUUCUGUUUCUGGAUUUACUGAAGAAAAAUCUCUGCUUUGCAGAUCAGAUGACCUGGAUAUUUUCUAUUCCUUCUGUGGUACUGGUAAAAAUACAUUCUCCUUUAAAGUGGAACCAUGUUCAUUAAAGAAUAAUUCAGUAUGGAAAGGGUUUAUGUUCUGGAUUCCAAAAGCUGAUUUGUCCGUUUUGACUGGGCGUGUAAGUUUGUGGUUCCAAGGUUCACUAUCCUUAAAAUGGAAUGCUGUUCUUUGCCAUGGUGAGGAUGAUGAAUAUUCAUUUUGUGGCACUCUGAAGGGAGAGACAAUCAACACAACUGUACGAAUCAGUGGUGCACAACCCAGAUAUAAAAUGGGAAAAUACAUCGUUAUUUUUGAAGGCUUCGCUGGUCAUUUCAAUAACUUGAUAAUAUGUAUGAAUUAUACAUUUGUCAUUAAGCAGAAUCUUAUGGAAUGAGGAAGUUCCUCCAAGACCACCGCAUAGUAUAAGAACUGCUUUUGAGGAAGCAGCAGAAUUCAGUCUGAUCAAGAAAUAACCAGCUCCCAGAUUUUGCUUAUAUCAGCAAAAUAAUAAAAUGACUAUUUUAAAUA